CGGAAGUGGCCGGCGGGCGGGCGCGCGCGGGCGGGGCGCAGACGUUCGUCAUUUCGUGCGGGAGGGAGCGCGAGCGCGGUGCGGUCGAGUCUCGGUGUCCCAGACCAGCCAGAGGUGAGCAUGGCCGAGCAGGAGCCCACAGCUGAGCAGCUGGCACAGAUCGCGGCCGAGAACGAGGAGGACGAGCACUCGGUCAGCUACAAGCCCCCGGCCCAGAAGAGCAUCCAGGAGAUCCAGGAGCUGGACAAGGACGAUGAGAGCCUGCGCAAGUACAAGGAGGCCCUGCUGGGCCGAGUGGCCGUUUCGGCUGACCCCAACGUCCCCAACGUCAUUGUGACCCGCCUGACCCUGGUGUGUAGCAGCGCCCCGGGCCCCCUGGAGCUGGACCUGACAGGUGACCUGGAGGCCUUCAAGAAGCAGUCCUUUGUGCUGAAGGAGGGUGUGGAAUACCGGAUAAAGAUCUCUUUCCGGGUGAACCGAGAGAUCGUGUCCGGCAUGAAGUAUAUCCAGCACACCUACCGGAAAGGCGUCAAGAUUGACAAGACCGACUACAUGGUGGGCAGCUACGGGCCCCGGGCCGAGGAGUACGAGUUCCUCACCCCCAUGGAGGAGGCACCCAAGGGCAUGCUGGCUCGCGGCAGCUACAACAUCAAGUCCCGCUUCACAGACGACGACAAGACGGACCACCUGUCCUGGGAGUGGAACCUCACCAUCAAAAAGGAUUGGAAGGACUGAGCCUGGCCCGGGAGGCGGGCAGGGCGGACAGACGGAGGGAUGUGUGCGCCCCACCCCCACCCCCACCGACCCC